AUGAGUCAAAACGCCGAAUUCUUCCAUCAAAAAGCUCCGGCCUCCCAUAACUGGAGCUUUAAGAUCCUCAGCAUCGUCACUAUGGAAGGUCGUCCAUUUGAGCCUAUGCUCGUCGCAGGCAAUAGUCAGGUCAAUCUUUGGGAGCGUUUACAACCAUUCCUGAUUCUGACGUCCUCAACUGCCCUAGUAUUCACAGGAUGUGGCAUCAACUUCACAUUCGGUGUCUACCAAGAGCUUUACGAAUCCAUGUCAAAGAUUCCAAAUACUCCAUUUACGGGGGCAUCACCAGCACAAAUUGACCUCAUCGGAACACUCUCUAUCGCGCUGAUGACCAUUGGCGCCCCAUUUACAACAGCAUGGACCAAGCAGUACUCCCCACGAGCAGUCAUAUGGAGUGGCGGUAUCAUAUAUGCCGUCGCGCUGAUUCUUGCCAGCUUUAGUGAGACUCUUUCGCAAUUCAUCCUCACUCAGGGCCUUCUCCUGGGAAUCGGGACUUGUAUGGCCUACAUGCCCUCGGUGACAGUCGCUCCCACAUGGUUUUCGCGUCAUCGUGGCCUCGCCAUGGGCGUCAUCCUAUCAGGUACUGGGGUGGGGGGUGUUGUGUGGCCACUUGCUUUCCGAUCGCUCAUUGAGCGUGUAGGAUUUCGCAACACUCUCCGUAUCACGGCGGGUAUCUCCUUUGCUCUGAUCAUGGCGGCCGGAUUUUUCAUGAAAUGGCCGGCCAGCCACAUGUCCCGCAUUCAAACUGAGAACGCUGCAAAUGCUCGCCGUUUGAACUUUCUUCGAAUCCCACUGAUAGAUUGGCGCGUCGUACGAACUCGCAAAUUUGCGGCACACGCGUUAGGCGCAGCACUUCAAUCUGCUGCUUAUUAUACCCCAGUAUUCUUUUUCGCAUCUUUUGCCCGUACUUUGGGAUACUCGCAGGCGACAUCGGCAAAUUUCAUUGCCAUUUCAAACGCAGCCAAUGCCUUGGGUAAAAUCGUCAUUGGAUAUGUCGCCGAUCGAAUGGGACGACUUAACACUCUGUUCCUAGCCACGCUGGUCUCCGCAGUUGCCGUUCUAGCGUUGUGGCUACCUGCAACCACUGUAGCCAGUGGAAGCACGCUUUUCAUCAUAUUCACCAUAUUCUAUGGAAUCUUUGCCUCGGCUUACGUGUCCCUGUUUCCGACCAGUUUAGUCGAACUCUUUGGCGUCCAGAACUUUGUCAGUGUCAACGGGGCUCUGUACAUGGUUCGAGGACUCGCAACACUACUCGGUACUCCAGUCGCCGGUUUGCUGAUCAGGAGCAACCAGACACAAAAUGCAAGCCCGAGAAGUUACGAGAACACUAGUAUCAUGGUUGGAGCUCUCCUGGCCGCUGCCACUUUUGCGGUUCUGUGGGUGAGAAUCGAGGCGACUGUAACCCUGGAGGGAGGUCAAGGGCAUCGAAGGAAGUGGAUGAUGUAG